GCCGCCGCGGCAGGUGGCGCGGCCCGGUCGGCGGCGCCGCCGCCGCCGCCGCCCAUCCUGCCGCCGGCGCCGCCGGCGCCCACCGGCCGCCCGCUGGGAGCCAUCAGCGUCACUAUCCCCGAGCCGCCCACCUCCGACAUGGACGCGGCGUCGGCGGGCGGCUCUGGCGGCGAGCUGUUCCACCAGCCGGCCGGCUACCUGUCGCCGGGCGCGCUGCGACGCGGCCCCGGCCGGCCCAAAAAGGACCUGGUCAGCCCCGUCGACCAGCGGCGCACCAUCGGACUCAAACUCAAACGGCUCAGCAGCGGGACGUACGUGCGCGGCGGCGGCCGUGGCGGCGCGCGCAGCCGGCGCCGCUCGGAGCCGCUGGUGUCCCCGCUGCCGGUGGGCGGCCUGGCCGAGCCCUGGGGCGACAGCUCGCGCGACGCCGAGGACGACGGCUCCGACUCGAGCUCAGUGCAGAGCUCGCUGGACCGGUCGGCCAGCUGCGACGAGUCGCUCGUCUUCCUCGAGCAGUGGCCGGGCAAGGUGUGCGCCCUCUGUAACUUAAGCGAGCGCAGCGUGCUGGGUCAGGGAGAGAUGCGCUGCGUGCAGCUGGCCCCGGCCGGCGGCGACGGAGCCGAGGCCACCGCAGCCGCCGACCCUGACCGAAAGUCCAUUCUGAAGACCAUCGUCAAAAAAGAGAAGACGUGCGGCUCGCCGCGCAAGGAGGCGCUGCUGGCCGACGAGGCCGGCUGUGACGAGCUGGCCGCCGUCGGGUACGCGGCGCCGCCGCCGGCCGAGCUGCUGCGCGACGAGGCCGGCGCGUGCUUCGUGCACGCCGGCUGCGCGCUGUGGUCGCGCGGCGUGCGCUCAGAGGACGGCGGCGUGACCCUGGAGGGCGUCGGCCGGGCCGUGGCGGCCGCCGCCAACGUGCGCUGCCACUACUGCCACCGGUUCGGCGCGUCCCUUUACUGCGCGGUGGACGAGUGUCCGGCCGUGUUUCACAUGCCGUGCGCCGCCGCCUCGGCCGCCUUCCAGAACAUCAACCACCACCAGGUGUGGUGUUUCACCCACCUGGACCGGGUGCCACCAGAGGGCAAGGACACGUGUAUCAACUGCGACGACUCGGGGAAGAUGGCCUCGAUGCUGUUCUGUUCGUCGUGCGGAACCCACUUCCACGUGGACUGCACCACGCCGCCGCUGCCCGACAACCCCAAUAUCCGCGCCGGCUGGCAGUGUCCCGGCUGCAAGGUGUGCCAGCACUGCCGGCAGCCGGGUGAGGAGGGUCGCCAGCUGUGCUGCGACGCCUGUGACCGGGCCUUCCACAUCUACUGCGCCCGGCCGGCGCUCGGCUCGCUGCCCAAGAGCGGCUGGAAGUGCCGGUACUGCCGCGUGUGCACGGACUGCGGCGCGCGCACGCCCGGCGCCGGCGUCAGCUCCCGGUGGCACAACACCUACUCGGUGUGCGACUCGUGCUACCAGCAGCGCAACAAGGGCGUCAGCUGCCCAGUGUGCGGCCGCGCCUACCGGCACUUUGCGCAGAAAACCAUGCAGCAGUGCAGCGCCUGCCGACGGUACGUGCACACCACCUGUGACCCGGAGGCGGAGCUGGCGGCGGCCGGCGCCGGCUCCUCGGGGCCCUACGUGUGCACCGUCUGCCGCACCGGCGGGCCGCCGCCCUCCGCCGACACCUCCCUGGACGGACACGACGCCGGCGACGCGUCCCAGUCGUCGAGCGGCGCCGCGCACCACUUCCACUUCGGCGAGGAGGGCACGCCCCGCGCCAAGGGUGGCGGGAAGCCGCUCCACCUGGUCAAGAAGAAGCUGGGCAUCAAAACUGGCGGCGGCGGCGGCGGCCGGCUGGGCGGCAAGCCGCCGGGCAAGCCGUCCAAGACGGACGUGCUGAAGAAGAAGCGGCUGCCAGACGUGCACCGUAAGCGGGCCUACAAGGCCAAGGUGCGAGGGAUGUUCGGCGCACCGGCCGUGGCGCUGCAGCGUCCGGAGAACCCGGCCGGCGCCGGCGGCGGCUCCUUCUACAAGUCGAACCCCAACGACGACAACCAGAUGGUGCUCUGCUCGUCCCGCGAUGAGUUCGUGCUGCAGCAGGACGUGUGCGUCAUGUGCGGCUCGUUCGGCCAGGACAUGGAGGGCCGCGUCAUCGCCUGCGCCCAGUGCGGCCAGGCCUACCACCCCUACUGCAUCACCAUCAAGGUGAAUAAGGUGGUGCUGGAGCGCGGCUUCCGCUGUCUAGACUGCACCGUCUGCGAGGGCUGCGGCCAGAAGAACGACGAGAGUCGACUGAUUCUGUGUGACGAGUGCGACAUCUCGUUCCACACGUACUGCAUGGACCCGCCGCUCGACUACGUGCCCCACGGCGGAUGGAAGUGCCAGUGGUGCGCGGUGUGCGUCCACUGCGGCUCUCAGUCUCCGGGCGGCGAGGGCUGCACCUGGCUGGACAACUACACCAUGUGUGGCCCGUGCGGCUCGCUGACGCGCUGCGCCACCUGCCAGGAGCCUUACCAGGACGGCCAGCUCAUCAUCGAGUGCGCCCAGUGCCUCAGGUGGAGUCACGCGGCUGACGACUUCAUCCACACUGAGGAGGACGCCGAGGUGUGCGCCACUAUGGGCUACACGUGCACCCGGUGUCGGCCGGCCGACGAGCCGCCGCCGCACAUGCAGCCCUCCGUCGACGCCUCCAUCGUCGAGCCCGACAGCCCCGCGGAGAAAAAGCCGGAGCAGUGGCGGCCGUCUGAGCGGUUCUUCGUCAUGGACAACGUGUACGUCUCCGACACGGGCUACAAGGUCAUCCAGGGGCUCACCAUCGAGCCGGCCAAAAAGAAAAAGAAGCGUGUCGACUGCAAGGGCGACGGCAGCAUCUCGGCGGCCAUUGACAGUGUGCUGGGCACCACCUCGAUGCUGGAGGAGCCGGACGAGCCGGAGCCUGUGGCCGAGUCGGCCGCCCAGUCGGUCUGGAAGGACGGCAUGGUGCUGCCGCCCAAAGAGGACGGCUCGCCGCCCGACCUGCCAGACGGAUUCACCAUGACUCGGCUCGAGUCCGGCGACUACGUCAUCAGAAAGAAACGACAGCGCAACAUGCAGAAGAUCGGCGUCGGCGGAUUCUACGUGAAGGCGCGCGGCCCCAAGAUCCUGAACAUGAAGGACGAGGAGGAGCGUCAGGAGGCGGCGGCGGCGGCGGCGCAGGCGGCGGCCGCCUCGGCUCUGGCGGCGGCCACGGCGGCGGCCGAGGGCGGCGGCGGGCCGUCCCUGACCCCCGGCACCCCGGUCACACCCACCGAGGACGGACAGACGGCCGCCGCCACCGACACCGCCUUCGCCGUGCCCGGGGACAAGCCAAAGAAGAAGGCCGUGCGCCGCAACAAGAAGUACAAGCUGAUCGAGGCGUACCCGCUGUACCUGCAGGAGUCGUUCUUCGGCAAGGAGCUGAUCGACAGCUCGCGGGAGGCCAAAAUGUCGGAGAGCGAGGAGGAGCGCGAGGAGCCUCCGGCCGAGGACGAGGCAGACGAGGAGGAGCAGCCCGAGAAGGAGUUCACACUCCAACUCUCCAAGGCCGAGCGGGACCUGGUGCGCGAGGCUCAGGAGCGCAGGGAGACCGAGGAGCGACUCCAGCAGGAGCAGGAGGCCUCCAGCAAGGAGCUGGCGGCCGGGACCGGCGCCGGCGGCGACGCCAAGUCGGAUAAACUGAACGAGACUGACGACGACGGUGAGGACGCGCUCAACGACAUCUUCCCCGGUCUGGGCGCCGACCUGGAGGGCGACCUGGUGGACACCAUCCUCAACGAGGACGAGAACGCUCUGGGCGAGCACCCGGACCUGGAGGACAUCGCCGACUCGGAGCUGGCCAACAUGUCCGGAGACGACGCCGAGGGCGGCGCCAGCAAGGACGAGCUCUCCGAGCUGCUGGACGGACCGUGGCCGGAGAGCUUCGAGUCGAUGGUGACCGGGCUGCCCAACAUGGACGGUCAGGACGUGGAGGACCUGCUGAAGGACACGCUGGAGGUGACGCCGCAGCAGGUGGCUGCGCAGCACCAGCAGCAGCAGCAGCAGCGGCAGGCGCAGCUGGCCCAGCAGCGGCAGCUGCAGCUGGCCCAGCAGCAGCAGCAGCAGCAGCAGCAGCAGGCGGAGCAGCACCCGCAGCAGCCGCUGGGAGCGGCCGUCCGGUUUCGCGCGCCGCCGCCGCAGCAGCAGGCCAUGGUGGCCGGCGCCGGGCCGGCCCCCCUGCCGCACAUGGCACAGUUCGGACAGGAGCACGGAGGCCAGUUUGGCGAGUUCGCGGACCGGCCGCAGUCGGGUGAGAUGGCGUGGACGGGCGCCGGCGCCGUGGCCCGCCCGGUGGCCGGCGCCUCCGGCACUCAGCCGCCGCCCGGCGCCACCAGCGAGUCACAGACGUACAACCAGCGCAACUUGGCCAAAUGGGAGCACGACAUGAGCCUGGGCGAGGCGGCCACCAUAUCGCCGGUGCUGUACGCCAACCACAAACACCCCGAGCUGCUCACUGAGUUCCCAGCCGUGGCCGACCGAGUCCGGCAGAUCAUGAAGAUAUGGCGCGCCCUCUCGCCCGAGAGCAAGCAGCCCUACCUGCAGAAGGCCAAGGACAACCGCUCCGCCAGCAAGGAGGCCGUUCAGCACCGGCCCACCCCGCUGCAGACCAACGAGCAGCAGUGGCGGCAGAUGCAGGCGCUCCGCCAGCAGCAGGCGCAGCAGCAGCAGGCGCAGCAGCAGCAGCAGGUUCAGCAGUCUCAGCAGCAGCACAUCCAGCAGCAGCAGCAGCAGAAGAUACACCAGCAGCAGCACCCGCAGGGACAGCAGCAGCUGCAUCAACAACAACAGCCGCAGCCACGACAGCAGGCCCAAGCGGCGGCGAUAGCUCUGGUGCAGCGGCAGCUGGAGGAGGACAUUCCCACUUCGCUGCAGAGCAGGCCGCCCCAGCAGCAGCAGCAGCAGCAGCAGCAGCUGCACGUCACCACCGCCGCCCAGCAGGAGUCGCCGAUGGGCCAUCCUCACAUGUCUCCUCACAUGUCCCCGCGUGCCCUGCCGUCCCCUUCCGGCCCCAGCCCCGGCCCGAGCCCCGGUCUGAGUCCCGGCCCCAGUCCCGGCCCCAGUCCCGGCCCGGGCGCGCCGGCCGGCGUGCCCAGCCCGUUCGCCGUGCGGCCCGGCCAGGCGGACCCGUUCAUGCAGCUGGGCGGCCCGUCGCGGCCCGGCCAGCCGGCCGACGGCGGAGAGCUGGCGCUGGCCCGACAGCAGCAGCUGCGCGAGCUGCUCCAGCGACAGCAGCAGCAGCAGCAGCAGCAGCAACAGCACCACGGCUCUGCGCGGCCGGCGCUGCCGCACCACGGCCAGCCGUUCCGACAGCCGCUGCCGCCGCAGCAGCGCCAGCCGCGCAUGAUGCAGCUGAUCGUGCAGCAGCGGCUGCAGGCGCAGCAGCAGGCGCAGCAGCGCGCGGCAGGAAUCGGGGACGACUUUAACCUGCUGAACUACGCUCACCCGGAGCUGGGGGAGCACAAGACUGUCCUGGAGCUGGUGGGUGAGGAGCAGGAGCAGGAGCAGGAGCACUCGGCGGCCGCCACCACGGCCGGGCUUCGGCCGGGCGCCAGCAUGUCCGCGGCGGCGGCGGUGUCCGCGGGAGUGGUGUCCGCGGCCGGAGCGGUGUCAGCGGUCAGCUCGGCAGCGGCGCUCCACACCGCGCCCGCAGUGGUCAGCGCCGCCGGAGGGAUGCAGCAGCACAGGCCGGUGAUGAUGACCCAGCAGCAGGUCGGGGUCGGCCCCGCCGCCGCCGCCGCCGGCGCCGUGGGCCACCCGGCGGGCCCGCCGCGGCCGCCGCCUCACGGCGCCAUCCCGGUGCACCGCCCGCUGCCGCCCGGCCAGCCGACCAUGGGCGUGCCGGCGCACGGCACGGUGGGCUACGCCUCGGGAGUUCGUCCGCCGCCGUACCCUGGCCGCGUGCCGCCGCCGUACCAGCCGAGCGGCGAGCGCAAACCGGCCCUGCUGCAGGAGCAGCCGCUGCUGCUGGCUGACCUGCUGGAGGAGGAGAAGCGCGAGCAGCAGCGCCAGCAGCCGGCCGCCGGUCAGCCGCCGCACCAGCUGCACGCGCAGCAGGUGGCUGCCGACGCCGAGUACAAGCCGGAGGGGCUGGCGGCGGGGGCGGCCGGCGGGCCGCCGCAGCCGCAGCCACAGGCCAUGGCCAGACCCGAGUACGCGGUGACGUCUGGCGCGUCGCUGGGCGGCCACCCGUCAGCCGGCGGUCAGCUGUACCAGGGGGUGCCCGGUGGCGGCCUGCAGCAGCGGCCGGCCAUGGCACUGCAGCAGGGCCGGCCGGCGCAGCACGACCCCGGACUGCACCCAGCGCUGCUGCAGCACCCGCCGCACCCGGCGCGGCCGCACCCGACCCUGAUGGGCGGCCCGUCGGCGGUCGCGCCGGCCGCCGCCGCCACCUCGGCACCCGUCCAGCUGACUGUCCAGAACGCGCCGGCGCCGCCCGCGCCCGUCGACAACCCGCAGACGCCCGAGCAGGUCAAGGUCAUGCACGACUACGAACAGUGGCUGAUCCACGAACAGGAGGUCUACUCUGUCCAGCUGAAAACCCUGGAAACGGAGAUCACCAAAUACCGCAAACAGCGCCGCUCGUACAACAGCAAACAGCGCACGCUGCGCAAGAACGGCCAGGAGCUGAGCGUGGUUGACUCGGCCGAGUUUGACCGCAUCUGCUCCGAGCAGGCGGCCAUUCAGAAACAGAUCGAGGCCGUGCGGAAGGCCUCCCGACAGCACAACAUGGUCUUCCAGGACUACCGUAACAAGAAGCCGAAGCCGCCGGGCGCGGUGGCGGUGCCGGGCGCAGUGGGCGGCCAGGUGGUGCAGUCGGCCGGAGCCGCCAUGGCCAGCAUGGCCCGGAUGCCGUCGCCGCGGCUGCCCGGGCCGCCGCGCUCGCCCAUGGUGCCGCCGUCGUCGCCUUCCCAGUCGCCGCUGGCCAGCCCGGGCCCGCGCAUGUCGCCGAGCCUGCGUCCGCCGGCCUCGCCGCUGGAGGGCGGCCCGUUCUCGCCGCACAGCAGUCCGCAGGAGGCGCGGCUGCACCCGGUACUGCUGCAGCGCUUCCCGGCCGGGCCGCGGGCGCCGAUGGCGCUGGUGCGGCCGCCGCUGCGCGGCCCGCAGCCGGGCGCGCGCACGCCGAGUCCGCAGCAGAUCCGGCGGCCGUCGGGCGGCGCGCUGGCCAGCCCGCACUGCCAGCAGGUGAUGUCGCCGUCGCCGUUCGUCACCAGCCCGCAGCCGAGUCCGCUGAUGUCGCCGGCCCAGAUGGCGUGCAGUCCGGGCGGCGCGCCGCACCCGCAGAGUCCGCACACGCCCGGCCAGAGCCAGCAGACGCCCGUGGCCAGCCCGCGCCCGGCCCAGUCGCCGCGGCCGGUGCCCUCGCCCGGCGGCGAGCAGUACUACCUGCAGCAGCAGCAGCAGAACCCGCAGCAGCAGGCGGCGACCUCGCAGCCGCAGCAACAGCAGCAGCAGCACGUGCCAACUUCCCAGCAGCAGCAGCAGCAGCAGCAGCAGAGGUACGGCGGCGGCAGCGGGCCGCAGACUCCGACGCAGCAGCAGAUCAUGUCUCCGCGUCCGCCUCAGAGUCCGCACCCGGUGCAGUCGCCCGGCCACGAGCAGUUCUACAUGCAGCAGCAACAGCAGCAGCAGCAACAACAAGCACAGCAACAACAGCAAGCGCAACAACAGCAGCAGUAUGUGAGGAGCGGCGGCCCGCCGACUCCCGGACAGAUCAUGUCUCCGCGCACCCCGCAGAGUCCGCGGCCGGCGCCGUCCCCGGGGCACGAGCAGCAGCAGUACUACAUCCAGCAGCAGCAGCACCAGCAGGCCCAGCAACAGGCGGCGCCCGGCCAGCAGCCGCCGCAGCGCUACCCGCAGCCGGGCCAGCAGGUGCAGUACCGCGUGCGGUCGCCGCAGCAGCAGCCGCAGCAACAGAUACGGAUGCACCAGCAGAUCCCGCAGCACAUCAUCCAGCAGCGGCUGCAGCAGCAGCAGAUGAUGCGCCAGAACCCUGGCCAGCUGCACCUGCACCAGCAGCACAUUCAACAGCAGCAGCUGGGCCAGCCGGCGGCCGACCAGCAGCCCGGGCAGAUGCACCAGCAGCCCAUGAUGAUCCGGCAGGUGCAGCAGCAGCACCACCAGCAGCUGAUGCAGCAGAGACAGCAGCAGCAGCAGCCGCAACUGCAGCAGCAGUUGCUCCACCAGCAGAGACUCCAGCAGCAGCAGAUGGCCCGACAAAUGCCCAGGCUGCCGCCGUCCCCGCAACACCAGCAGCAAAUGCAGCAGCAGCAACAACAAAUGCAUCAUCAGCAACACCAGCAACAGCAAGUUCAGCAUCCGCAGCAUCACCAGAUACAGCAACAGCAACAGCACAUGCAACAGCAACAGCAUCAGAUGCAGCAGCCGCAGCAGCAGCCGCUGCAGCAGCGGCCGCCCAGUGUGCCGCAGAUGGCCCAGCCGGGCAGUAACCCGGCCACGCCGCAGCCGGGCAGCCACCCGGGCACGCCGGCGCCGGCCACCCCGCACGGCUCGUCGCCGCGGCAGCCGUCCACUCCUGGCUCGGCCGUGCCGCCGGCCAGCCCGGCGCCGCAGCCGGCCGCGGGCGGGGCCGGCCCGCCGGCCGCGCCGGCCGCCCAGCCGGCCCCGGCCCCGGCCGGAGCUGCCGGCGGUAACGGAGGGGCUGCCGGCGGACCGGCCGGAGGGAACGGCGGCGGCGGUGCCGCGGGAGCCGCCGUGGCUCCCCUGCCGCCGGGACGCUCGUUCGGACGGUUCGGCCACUUUCCGAUGGGACUGCGCGGCGGAGCGAACCCGGACCUGAUGCGCGCCCUGAGGGGCCGCCCUCCCGGCUGGUGGAAACUCGGUCUGAAGGGCGGCACGCCCACAAUGACCCCGACGCCAACACCAAACCCGACUCCGACACCGACCUCCACUGAAGCCGGCUCUGUGGAAACUCCGGCUACGACAGCUGCUGAUGCAGCCUCGACGACACCGUCUGUAUCGACUGAUACUUCAAGUACACCCACGGCUGCCGCCACCGACUCUGCCGUGUCGUCGGGCGCACAGAGCGCCACUCCGGCUGCGGCUGCCGACAGCGCGCAGCCGCCGGUCUCCAGUGGCAUUCCGGCGCCGGCGGCCUCCUCUGCUCCCGCGGCUGAGGCCCCGGCGUCCGCUGCCCAGACCACGACCGUUACAGCCGCGCCGGGCGGCGAGACGACGGCCCCUGCGCCUGCACAGAGCUCAGCCCCGGCCCCGACUUCAUCAGCGGCUGUGACGGAAGUACCUACCUCUAGUGGGACUGCCGCUGCGGCUCCGGCAUCUACGGGAGACUCUGCAUCGACUCCGGCUCCGUCCUCGGCGCCGACUCCGACUCCGACUCAGACUCAGACUCAGACUCAGACUCAGACUCAGACUCAGACUCCGGCUCCGACUCAGACUCCGGCUCCGACUCCGGUCCAGUCAGCCGGUGCGGCGCCCAGUGCUGCGUCCUCUGGAACUGCGGCUCCUCUGUCGGCCGCCGCGGUCUCAGCUCUAACCCUGCUGUCUGCGCCCUCUACUCUGUCACAGACGGUGAUCCUGACGCCGGGCCCGGACGGACCGCGGGUGGCGCCCGUCGUCAUGUCGAGCGGCACGGUGUCGGCGCUGACGACUGCCCCGCGUCCCGUCCCGGCGGCGGCGGUGUCUGCAUGCGCCGCCCCGGUGCUGGCGGCGGCCUCGCUGACGGCGGCGGUGGCGGCCAACACGGCGCUGGUGGCCUCCACGGCCGCCGGAGAGUCCCCGGUCUCGUCCGCCGCCGGUCUGAUGGCCGCCGUCUCUGCCAACACCUCUCAGAUCGCCGCGCCGUCGCUGGUGACGCCGUCCCUGGCGUCCUCGGCCGCGGCUGCGGCCGUGGCCACUGCCUCAGCGGUCAGCUCCCUGGCGACGUCUGCGCCGGUGCCGCAGCUGCCCACCUCGCGGCUCUCUGAGGUGCCGCCCAGCAGCGUGCACCAGGCCAUGAUCGGUAUUCCCGGCGCGGGCAUCUCGAACGCGGCGCGGAUCGGCGCGCUGCUCGAGAGCGCGGCCACGGCGGCCGUGGCGCGCCCGCUGGCCGGCGCCGUGUCCUCGGGCGGCGCGGGCGCGGCCGGCGCCGCCACCCAGCUGGUGAGCGUGUACGGACGCCGCCCGGUGGCCGCCGGCGCCGAGAGCGGGGCAGCUGGCGUCGACCCGCCGCCCGUCAGCGGCCUGUCCAUCCAUCAGCAGCAGCACCACAUGACCGGUGGCACGGUGCUCUCCUCGGCGUCUGGAGGCCCGGCCACCUCUCAUACUGCCGCCCCAGCCCGCGGCGCCGCGGAGACGACCACAGCCGAGUCUGCCGGCGCCAGACCGGCGGUCUCUGACACCGCCCCGGAGCAGCCGCCGCCGCCGGCCGGGCGCCAGGAGAACGUGCUGCUCAAGAAGCUGCUGCAGAACGCCGGCUGCGCCACGACGGCGGGCCAGCCGGGCGGUGCGCACCAGUUUGUGCUGACGCCGUCCGUGGCCGGCCAGCUGACCGCCAAACAGGCGUCCGGCGGCUCGACCAUCUCGCCGAUCGCGCGCCAGCAGCCGCAGCCGCCCAAGCCGCUGCAGGUGCCGGCGGCGCUGGCGCGGCCGCCCGGCCAGGAGGCGGCCGGCGCGCGGCCGCAGACCGUCUCUGUGGGCAGCCUGCUGGCGGCGCGGCCCGGCUCCCUGGCCGUGCUGCGGCCCGCCGGCGCGCCGCUGUCUGCGCCCACCGCCGUCACCGGAGUCGCGGCGGCCUCCCCGCUGACCCACUCCUCCCCGGUCCCCACCGGCUCCCCGUCGCCCUCCCCGUCCCCUUCCCUGACCCCGACCCCGACCGCGGCCGCUCCAGCGGCCACCUCCACCCCGACCUCCACCCCGACCCCGACCUCGGCGUUCGCCCUGGCGUCCGCCGUGUCCUCCGCCUCAUCCUCGCCCGUUCCGACCGGCCCGCAGGCGGGACGGCCGCCGUCGGCCGGCCUGGCGGCGGCCCGGGACGGCGCGCGCACACCGCAGACACCGCCGGCGGGGGAGGCCGGCCAGCCGUGCAGCUCGGUCAUCACACCGACCAGCUCCGUCUCACUGCCUCCGGAUGUCCUGCAGCGGGCCCGCGAGGCUGAGGAGCUGAAGAAGCAGAAGCGGCGUCAGUAUCAGCAAAAGAGGCGCCAGUCGCAGGGCAAGGACGGCGGCGGCGCCAAGAAACGGACCCGAAAGGGCUCCAAGCUGGAGGAGGACUACGACGCGUUCCUGGAGGGUCUGAUGCACCAGCUGGGCUCCCUGCCGGCGCUGGCCGUCCAGGAGCCGCCGGUGCCCGCCUGUCUGGGCGUGGUGAGCGCGCCCGGCGCCGGGCCGCACGCCAGCCGGCUGGGCCAUCCCGGCUACCGGCCGCAGCUGGGCGAAUUGGUGGCGCGCGACGGAGACACCCUGGAGACGGCGGCCGGCGCCGGCGACUACUACAGCCGGCAGCCGUUCGGCGACCGGCAGCCGCGGCCCACCCAGCACACGCUCGGCAGGACCAUCCUGGGCUUCUACCAGCAGGAGUUCGGAAACAAGGACGACAUCAUCCCGUGCCGCCGCGGCCGACGGGACAGCGCCGGCACCCCGGCUCGCGACGCCGACUCUCCGGACACGGUGGUCAGCAGCUCGUCGCCGGAGACGGUGGCGCCCGACUGCAGCUACCGCUACCCAGGUGGCGGCCGCCGCGGCUGGCUGCCCUACCCCGCCUGCUACUCCUCCUCCAUCACGCCGUGUUCCUCCGAGGACGACUCGGCCACCGAGUCCUGUUCCUCCCCGGAGCCGGGCGGCGAGUCCUCCGACUGCGAGUCGGCGGCCGUGGUGCGUCCGGGGCUGCUCGGCAGGGGCUGCCCGGCCGCCCGGCCCGCCCCGGCCGUGUACACUGUGGACAGUGGGGACGAGGGCGGUGACGCGGAGGCGAUGGUGCGGGCCGCCGGCGCCGCGCUGCUGCCGCCGGCCAAGGUGGCCAUCUCUGCGCUGGGCUCGACGGCGCUCGGCGCGCCCGACGUAGCCGAGGAGGUGGAGGUGCCCGGAGGCUCGGUCGAACUGGGGCGCACGGGGCCGCCGCCGCCGGCCGCGGAGACCACCCAUCGCGCCGAGACGGCCGGCCGGUCUCAGAGGGCAGCAGCUCAGAGCGGGGAGAGAACGGCAAAGAAGGCUAAUUAUAGCUCUGUGGAGGUGGUGGAUAUUAUAGAGGAGACGUCUGAUAAACCGGUAGCGAAGGCACCGCCCCAACCGGUGGUGGAAACGUACGAGAUUGCAUCUGCGGAGGCCGUGGAUGUAUCUGAGGCGCGCGCCGCCGACCGGCCGGCGCCGGCCGCGCACCACCCGCCGGCGGAUGACGAGUUUAUCGAGUUCCUGGAGCAGCACAGUCGCGUCCACUCGGCUGCCAGCACUCAGCCGGCCACCCCGGCCUCCAGCACUCAGCCGGCCACCCCGGCCUCCAGCACUCAGCCGGCCACCCCGGCCUCCGUGGAGCCGCCGCUGAUCGACCUGGAGCCGGAGGAGGCGGCGGCCGCCCGCCAGGCGGACUCGCAGCGCCUGCUGAUCGUGAAUAGCUCCGUGUCGGCGGCGGCCGUGACGGGCUCGGUGCGGCCGACGCGCGCCGGCGCGCCCGUCGGCGGCGGCCUGGACAGCGCCGCGUCGAUCGUCGGCGGCCGGCUGAUCGUGCACCAGCAGUCGCAGCCGGACCGGCCGCCGCCCAAUAUCAUCCGCAUCCGCGUCAUACCGCCGGCGCCGCGCGCGGAGACGGCAGUGUCAGCGGCCGGGACAUCUCAGACUGCCACCCCGGCGUCGGCGGCUGAGGGCUCACAGGCCGCCGGCCCGGCAUCGGCAGAGGCGAAGACCCAGAGCGGGCGCAACUUCACUCGGGUGUUCAUCGGCCCUCAGCGCGGCCCGGGCCGCCCGGCCGGCCCCUCGCAGCCGCUGAGGCCGUACGGCCGGGGCCGCGGCGGCGGACACCGGCCCGGCACCCCGGCCAGGGGGCGCGGCCGCGGCUCCCGGCAGCGGCGCGUCUGCCGGUGCCGCUCGUGCCUGGCGCAGGCGCUGUACGGACCGCCGCCGCGGCCGGCCGGGAACCAGCUGGACGCGGACGGCCGCUGGCUGCCGCUGGGCCCGCUCGACCAGCGACUUAUGUGGCGGCGCCGCUGUCCGGCGGCCUGCUCCGGCGGCGCCGAGCCAGCCGUGGUGGUGGCCGCGCUGCAGACCCUCUUCAGCGGCGAGACGCCCAGUCAGCUGCAGCUGCUACUGCUGCAGCGAGUGCUGACCGACCCGCGGCAGAUGCUGGGCCGCCAGCUGCCGGAGCCGCUGCUGAACGCGGCGCUGGACCGGCUGCUGGCGCUGCUGGCGCCGCGCGACCGCGGGCCGGCCGGCGCCGGGGCCCGGCCCGGGCAGCAGCAGCAGCACGCCCUGUCGGAGCUGCAGUCGCGCCUGCAGGACCCGGCCGCGCUCCGACGAUCCCUGAUACCUUCCUACCAGCACCAGCCGCUGCCGCCGCACCAGCCGCACGGACAGCACCAGCAGCUGCUUCACCAGCACCGCCACCAGCAGCACCAGUAUCUUCAGCACCACCACCAGCAUCAGCACCACCAGCACCACCGCCAUCACCAGCAGCCGCUGCCCCAUCUGGCCCCUCAGCCGGCGCCUCCUCCCGGCCACCACGCGCCGUGGGGCGCGCCGGGCUGCCGGCUGCCCUCCGCUGCCCACCAGGGCGCUGUGCCGCGCUCCCACCCGAUGGCGGCCGCGCCCGGCUACCAGCCGCCGGCGCCGCGGCUCUACCAGUCCGGGAUGCCAGUGUCGCAGUACCGGGCGCCGCCGCAGCCUUCCCGGCGCGUGGCCAGCUCCUCUGUACCGCAGGCGGGGUGCCCGGCGGCGGUACCCGGUCCGUACCCCGGCCGGCAGCCGUGCGCGGCCGGCCGGUACCCGCCGCCGUACCCUCCUCCGCCGUCCGGUGCAGCUCCUGUGCUGUACCAGGGCCCGCCGGCGGCCGGGGCGGCGGCUCCGGCGGCACCGGGCGGCUCCUGGCCGGCCCACCCGGCGGCACCAGCCGACCUGUGCCCCCAUCCUGGUCCUGGGCCGGCGGCCGGGGAGGCGGGCCGGCCGCCGGCGCUCCUGUCUGCCGAGCUCCCGGCCGACCUGGCCGACCUGCACGACAGCUGCCUGCGUCUGAUCGAGGACGACUGGCCGGACCCGGCCGACAGGAGCCGCUGCAACUCACCGGACAUCCCGCUCAUCGCGCCCGUGCCGGUCCGAGCGCGGCCCGGCGUCUCGCUCAGCCACCUCAACGGCAUGGACAAGGAGAACAAGGAGACGCAGCUCAAGUCCCACCUGGGUAUCGAGUCGCCAGUGCGGCCGGCGCGGGGCGCUGGUCAGGUGACGGUGACGCUGACACUGACCUCAGAGAAGGCGCAGGACGUGGGCGCCGUGCUGCGCAGCCUGGCCUCGCUGCUCAACAUCUCGCCGCCAUCCGGCUACCAGGUCAUAGAGCGGACCGGCACUCCGCCCAGCCAGCGGCUCGGCCUGUACCGGCAGGCGCGCGGCAAGGACGGACGAGAUCAGGUGGUGGACAUCCAGGAGAUCCUGAACGGCACGGCGCGCUUCUGCCAGUACUGCGAGGUGGUCAUCCUCAACGACAGCGGCAGCAUCAGCAAGGCCAAGUCGGAGCUGCCCGUGGUGCGCGACGCCGACCAGCUGGCCGACGAGCUGCACUUUUGCGGCCAGUCGUGUUUCAGCCAGUUCUGCGGCAGUCAGCUGACGCCGGCGGCGGCGGCCGAGCGUCGCGCCGGCGCCGUGGUCGGACACACCGGACGAGACAUGUUCACCAACGGAGACGACCCGUUCACGAAGGAGCUGCUGAGCGGCCGCGGCGACCGGCAGCUGUCCCGGCACGAGUCGGGCGGCUCGUCGGCCGGCGCCGCCAGCGACACCAAGGAGCCCGCCGGCAAACGCUUCAAGAACAUCAAGUACCGCGACUGGACGGACGCCGUCCAACCGCCCAGCAAGUACCGAAAGCCGUCCGACAACGAGCUCACGCAGCUUCUGUUCCAGAUGGGCAUCUGUAUAAUGCCGGCCCGGAUGCCGGAGGAGGUGCGUCGCUGUCUGUUCUGCCAUAUGAUCGGUGACGCCAUGUCCGACGGGCCGGCGCGCCUGCUCAACUUUGACGUCGACAAGUGGGUGCACCUCAACUGCGCGCUCUGGGCCGACGACGUGUACGAGACGGAGAGCGGCGCCCUGGUCAACGUGGACCUGGCGCUGAAAAAGUCGCUCAACAGUACCUGCACGCUCUGCAAGGAGACGGGUGCCUCCGUCAAGUGUUUCAAGGUGCGCUGCGACAAGGCCUACCACCUGGCGUGCUCGGUCAAGGACAAGUGCACGUUCUACAAGACGAAGGCGGUGUACUGCCGCGAGCACUGGCUGAAGGGGGAGAAGGAUAACGAGUUGACCACGCUGGCCGUCUACCGGCGCGUCUACAUCGAGCGCGAGGAGGACAAACAGGUGGCAGUGGUGAUGCACCAGGCCGGCUCGGACCAGUCGCACCUGCUGCGGGUGGGCACCCUCAUCUUCCUGUCUGUGGGACAGCUGCUGCCGCACCAGCUGCCGGCCUUCCACACGGGCAACUACAUCUACCCCAUCGGAUACAAGAUCAUCCGUCUGUUCUGGAGUUUCCGUCGCGCCAACAAGCGCUGUCAGUACGAGUGUUCCAUCCAGGAGAAGGAAGGUCUGCCCGAGUUUGUGAUCGUGGUGCGCGAGCCUCCGCUCAAAGAGGUCACCUUCACCGACGCCACCUGUCUGGGGGUGUGGAAACAGGUGCUCCGUCCUCUCGCCCGGCUCCGGGAGCAGGCCGGCAUGGUGCGCCUGUUCCCCCAGUACGUCACCGGCGAGGAUCUGUUCGGUCUCACCGAGCCGGCCAUCAUCAAAAUCCUCGAGUCGCUGCCGGGCAUCGACACACUCACCGACUACCGGUUCAAGUACGGCCGCAACCCACUGCUCGAGCUCCCCCUGGCCAUCAACCCGACCGGCUGCGCGCGAUCAGAGGCCAAGCUGCGCACCCACUUCAAACGGCCGCACACGCAGCGGCCGGGCGGCGGCCACGCGCGCAGUCUGGCCCAGAUCAGUUACACAUCCGACAGCAGCGCGCCUUACUCCAAACAGUUUGUCCACUCGCGCAGCUCCCAGUACAAAAAGAUGAAACAGGAGUGGCGCAACAACGUCUACCUCGCCAGGUCCAAGAUCCAGGGCCUGGGCCUGUACGCGGCGCGCACGCUGGAAAAGUUCACCAUGAUCAUCGAGUAUAUCGGCGAGGUGAUCCGGAACGAGCUGGCAGAGUGCCGCGAGAAACGCUACGAGGCCGCCAACCGCGGCAUCUACAUGUUCCGUGUGGACGAGAACCAUGUGGUGGACGCCACGCUGAGCGGCGGCCUGGCGCGCUACAUCAACCACUCGUGCAACCCCAACUGCAUCACCGAGAGCGUCGAGGUGGACAGGGGCCACCACAAGAUCAUCAUCUUCGCCAACCGGCGUAUCCAGCGCGGCGAGGAGCUGGCGUACGACUACAAGUUUGACAUUGAGGAUGACAGCAAUAAGAUACCGUGCCUGUGCGGCGCGCCCAACUGCCGAAAGUGGAUGAACUGAGCGGCCGACUCAGCUGCAGCGGCCCCCGGCCGGGCUGAGGGGCGCGCGGUGCCACAGGGGCUGCUGGCUGCGCCGCAGGGCCCGGCACACAGACUCCAGUAUCAGUGUAUGUGUGUGUGUGAGAGAGUGAGUGACCGGCGGCCGCCGGGCGCGGACGACACGGGCUGAUAACCGUUUGGGCGGUGUUUUGUUGUUGCGUUGCACGCGAGGGCUGGUCGCCCGCAUACUGGUGUCCCGUUGUACGCUGGCAUUAUCGUGUUUCUCAUUUGCAUAUAUUGCGUGAAUACACAUGUUCUAAAU